CCAAAAUGCAAGAAGGAGUUGCAAGCGUUCCUAGGGGCACUCAACUUCUACAACAGGUUCCUACGGGGAGCGGCACACACUUUGGAGCCCUUGUACAGGCUGCUCGACAACGGCCAUAAGUGGAGAUGGACUACGCAGGAAGCAGAGGCUUUUCUGCGGGCCAAGCAGCUACUGCAGUCUUCGGACGUCCUUGCCCAUUACAGUGUCCACCAGCCACUAGUCAUGGCAUGUGAUGCCUCUCCGUACGGACUUGGGGUGGUACUCAGCCACGUUGAUAGCGAAGGCCGGGAGGUACCGGUAGCCUAUGGCUCUCGAACUAUGACAGCUGCCGAAAGGAACUACGCACAGACAGACCGGGAAGCUCUGGCGAUAGGUUUUGGAAUACGAAAGUUCCACAAGUUCAUCUACGGUCGGCAUUUUCGGAUCGUGACCGAUCACAAACCUCUCCUGGGACUCUUGCAUCACGCAAAACCGAUGCCUCAAGUGCUGUCGCCGAGGAUGUUGCGAUGGUCGUUAAUGUUGUCGGCUUACGACUACGAGCUGGAGUACAGGCCUGCUCAUCAGCUCAGGAACGCGGAUGCACUGAGUCGACUGCCUCUAACUGUGGAAGACAGCUCAACUGACGAGAAACUUUUUGAAGUCCGGAUGCUGGAGACUGCGCCGGAGAUUCCGUGGGAUGCCCAGAAGAUUGCCCGAUGCACCCGGAACGACCCAACCUUGUCCAGAGUUCGACAUUGGACGGGGGUUGGAUGGCCUCAAGGCAGGCUGCCGGACGAGUUCAAGCCAUUUGUUCGACGGCAGCACGAGUUGUCGGAGUAUCGGGGAUGCCUGCUGUGGGGAUGUAGAGUCAUCAUUCCAGAGCAAGCGAGAGACCAGGUUUUGGAGCUGCUGCAUACCACGCAUCCCGGGAUCGUCCGCAUGAAGGCGCUUGCCAGAAGCACAGUUUGGUGGCCGGGUAUCGACCAAGAUAUUGAAAGGAAGGUCCGAACCUGCCUGCCCUGCCAGGAGACAAGGCCGCAACCUGCACGUGCAAGACUGCAUCCGUGGGAAUUUGCCAGAAACCCAUGGUCCCGAAUCCACAUCGAUUUUGCAGGACCCUUCCAAGGAAAGGUUUUUCUUCUGGUGGUGGAUGCGCAUUCGAAAUGGCUGGAAGUCAUCCAGAUAGCAUCCAUGUCGUCAGCAGCAGUGUGUCAAAGGCUGCGAGUGCUGUUCGCAACACACGGUGUUCCCGACACUAUAGUCUCGGACAAUGGGACCGCGUUCGUCUCACAAGAAUUUGAAGAAUUUUUGCAGAGAAACCAGAUCCGGCACGUUAAGGUGGCGCCAUAUCAUCCAUCGUCAAAUGGCCAAGUGGAGCGCAUGGUCCAAGAAACUAAACAAGUCCUCAGGCGCAUGGAAGGAGGCGACAUGGCCACCAAGUGGGCCCGAUUUCUUUUGAGUCAGCAUAAUCUCCCGCACUCAACGACCGGAAAGAGUCCGGCGGAAUUGUUGAUGGGUCGGAGACUCCGUACUGCACUGGACCGGCUUCACCCAGACCUACAAGCAGAGAUGGUGGACAAGCAAGAGGAACAAGCGCUGCGGGGAAGACAAGGUGUACGCGAAUUCGAGCCGCGAGAACCAGUCUUCAUCCGCAAUUAUUUAGCAGGCCCCAAGUGGCUACCCGGUAUCAUCACUGAGAUCACCGGUCCGGUGUCUUACAAGGUUCGCACCAUCGACGGUCGUUUCUGGAGGCGGCACGUGGACCAAAUCCGGAGACAGGAGUGGAGCACAUACCUGGACGAGGAGGAGCCUACGACAGAGCUGUCACCUCAGCAGCUCUCCUUACCAACUAAGCUGAACGACCGGGAAGUAACGUUCAAGGAGGAUACGGGAGCGGACGUCACGGCUGUACCUCCUUGCGCGUGCGACGCGACAACCUUGGCAGCGCUGGAGCCAACAGAGACGCAUCUCUUUGGAGCCGGACACUCUCCACUCAGCACACUCGGCAAGUUCAAGGCAACUAUAACCUGGAGUGGGCGAACAACCAGAGAGACGAUCUACGUAACCGACCGGCUGAGAUACCCUCUGCUUGGACGAGCGGCUAUUCAAGCCCUUGAGGUGCUGCCAAGCUUACAGGAGGUCAACGUUUACAGCAACAUAGAGUACGAUCAACAACUGCACGCUAAGUACCCAUCGCUUUUCCAAGGACUGGGGGAAAUGAACGUCCAGUACAAGAUCACCCUCCACCCGGACGCUAAGCCGUUUGCCAUCACCUACCCGAGACGGGUACCCUUUCCGCUGGUACCCAGCGUAGAAAAGGAACUACAACGCAUGCAAGACAUGGACGUGAUCGAACCAGUCGACCACGCCACAGCCUGGUGCGCACCCAUGGUGGUUGCCAAAAAGCAAGAUAACUCUAUUCGGAUCUGCGUGGACUACACUCAGCUCAAUCCGCAGCUGGUGCGGGAGCGCAUCAUCAUGCCCACGGUAGAAGAGACCCUUGCAAGGCUGGCAGGAGCUACGGCGCCAGAAUUCUUCCAGCGGGAGAUGCUGAGGAAUCCCGGGGCAUGUUUGUCACAUGGAUGA